AUCACUGUGUCUUCAAUAUAUGGAUUCAGCAAUGAUUUGAUUCCGAUCAGAAGCAAAUAAUUUGAAGUUGAUCAAAAGGUCUGUCAUGAAAGCUACUUUCUACCUGGUUGAGUGAGUCUCUUUCCUUCUGCUUUGUGAUGGAAGAAGAUGAUGGGAAAAUGGAAAUGGACAAGUUGGAAAUACUUGGUAAUCAUAUAGAUGUUGAAACUUGUAACUUGGAAUCACAGAGGUUUAGCACAAUGGCCAGUAUGAAUAGGCAUGGUGAAAGUUCAAGGCAAGCUGAUACAAGACCCAUUCGCAUAAGUGAUACUGGAUUCUUGGGUAAUGAGACAAAUGCGAGAAAUUAUAGCCUUCUGAACCCAAAUAUUGCAAGCAGCUCGGGCACAAGGGAGUAUAUUAGGCAAGGCUCAAGGUAUAACUUUCCUAAUUUGGUAAGGGCUAGCAGAAGUAAUCCAUGUGGACAUUUCGGUUCCCAGGAAGGGGAACCGACAUUGAUGGUUUCUCAAAAAGACUUGUCAAGUUUGUCUUUAGAUCCUGCAAAUGGUAAAGCUUGGUGGGCUAAUCAAGAUCCAAAAGAACAACCAUCUGAUAGCCUUCCACUUAGGGAUAAGAGGUUGAAGGUAUCAAGCUCAGUGAACUUCUCUGAUUUUGUUGUUAGGCAAUCUACAAGGGGCAUGGGGAUUCUGUGUGAAAGUGCAGGCAUUACUAAUGAGUUCAAUGCUGCAGAAAUGACUCAGGAUACUGACAAAAAGGAUCUCAUCAGCAGAAUGACUACUGAUAUAUCGUUAGAUUUAAGUGGACAAAAUGUUGAUUUUCCUCAAGAAACUUCCAACAAAGGAAUUCCAGAACCAUAUAUCCAAGGGAUGAGCUUGAGGAAGUGGCUAAAGAACAGUUCUAUUGAGGUGAAUAAAGCUGAGAGGCUGCAGAUAUAUAGGCAGGUUGUUCAGACUGUCGAUAUGGCACACUCUCAAGGAAACGCCUUGCAAGGUUUAUGGCUUUCAAGUUUUAUUUUGUUGCCAUCAAAUGAGAUCAUUUACUUUGAUUCUUCAACUGAAGACAAAGUAAUGACUAUUACAGACCAAAAUAAUGGUCGGAAGUGGGGGUUUGAACAGGGAAGUAGUAUCAACUGUCAAUUAGAUGUGAAGCAGCAAAAGGCUGAAGACAUCAUGAACCAAAUAGGAGAAAAAUUACAUUCAAGUACACAUCAAGCCACUAACAGCAAAUUUUUGGAUAAGCUUAAUUCCAGAAGUCAAGGUCUGCAUGGUCUGCAUUUUAAUCAUGGACAUGGUGCUCAAAAUAAUAGAAAACAUAAGCCAGGGCCAGAGUCGUAUUCUGUAGAUGUUGAACUGGAAAAGAAUUGGUAUGCUUGUCCAGAGGAGCUCUAUGGGAGGGAUCUAUUAUCAGCAAAUGUCUAUAGCCUCGGCAUUCUCUUGUUUGAGUUACUCUGCUCAUUUGUAUCACUAGAGAUGCAUUCUGCAGCGAUAUCAGAUUUACGUAACCGGAUCCUUCCACCAAGUUUUAUUUCUGAAAAUCCACAGGAAGCUGGGUUCUGUUUAUGGCUGCUUCAUCCUCAGCCUUCAUCUCGGCCAACAACAAGGGAUAUCCUGCAAUCUGAAUUAUUAAGCGGAACCAAAGAGGUGUACUUCAAGAGCAAUCUUUCUUCAAUCGUUGACAAGAAUGAAGAUGUCGAGUUUGAGAUUUUACUUGAUUUUCUAAUUUCACUGAAAGAACAAAAGGAAAAGCAUGCUUUGGAGUUAUGUGGAAAUAUACAGUUCUUAGAAACUGAUAUAAAGAAUUUUCAGCACGAAAAUGUAUUGAGAAUGUUCUAUGAUUCAGACAUUUUGGAGGAAAGGAUGAAGACAUAUAUCAGUCAGCUUGAAAGUGCUUAUUUUAGUAAGAAGUCCCAACUCCAACUUCCUGAUACUGUCUCUAAUGGAAGAAAUGACCUGGACUUGUUAGGGAAUCGUGAAAGGUGCUCUUUGGAUCCAGUUGGAGUCAAAGAACCUACCAUGAAAGAGAAGUAUGUUGGUUUCACCGAUGAUUUUUUGAAUAGUAUAUGCAAAUUCAUAAGAUAUAGCAAGUUUGAGGCAUGUGGUACGCUAAAAAUGGGUAAUCUUCUGAAUUCUGCGAAUGUAAUUUGCUCUUUGAGCUUUGAUCGUGAUGAGAACUACAUUGCUGCUGCGGGUGUGUCAAAGAAAAUCAAGAUUUUUGACUUCGAUUCACUUUUACAUGAUUCUAUCGAUGUCAAUUAUCCUGCGGUUGAGUUGCUGAACCAAUCUAAGCUUAGUUGUGUUUGUUGGAACAAGUACCUCAAGAAUUGUUUGGCAUCAGCUGAUUAUGAAGGUGUGGUUCAGGUUUGGGACGCAUUCACUGGUCAAGGAUUAUCUCAUUAUAGAGAACACCAAAGGAGGGCUUGGUGUGUUGAGUUCUCUCAUGUGGAUCCCACACAAUUUGCAAGUGGAAGUGAUGAUUGUUCAGUGAAGUUAUGGAGCUUAAAUGAGAAAACUUCAACCUGCACGAUCAGAAGUGCUGCCAAUGUCUGUUGUGUUCAGUUCUCUUCACGUUCCUCACAUCUAUUGGCCUUUGGAUCUGCUGAUUACAAGAUUCAUUGUUAUGAUCUUAGACAUACAAGAAUUCCCUGGUGCACAUUAGCCGGCCAUCAGAAGGCGGUAAGCUAUGUGAAAUUUUUGGGUUCAGAUUCGCUCGUUUCUGCAUCCACUGAUAACACACUGAAGCUUUGGGACCUGAAGAAAACUAGUUUAGAGGGGCUUUCCACUGAUGCUUGCUGUGUGACCUACAGGGGUCAUACUAACGUGAAGAACUUUGUUGGUUUAUCUGUUCUGGACGGAUAUAUAGCGUGUGGUUCUGAAUCCAAUGAGGUUUAUGCUUAUCAUAGAAGUUUCUCAAUGCCUAUUAUUUCCUACAAGUUUGGAUCUAUUGAUCCCAUAGCUGGUGAUGAGAAUGGUGAUGGCAAUGCACCACACUUUGUUUCCAGUGUUUGCUGGAGGGAGAAAACAAAUAUGAUCGUUGCUGCCAAUUCAGGUGGAAGUAUAAAAGUGCUUAAAAUGUUGUGAAGAGCAACUAUGAGCACUAAUACUAUAAUCAGAGCAUCCCAAAGGAAGUACCUUCAGUCGUUGUUAUAAGCAACUAAUGCAGAAAUGACCCAUAAAGAAGUUCCAACAGGCAAUGACAUUUUUCAAAUAACUAAUUUGUGUACGAAAAUAUGGGCGUGAAUGCUCCAAGACUAAAUGAUAGCCAGAAAAUCUUUCACAAUAUUACAAGCAACACCCUAUCUGUUGGUUAUACUUUCCUCCUAGGAAUUGGGAGAGGGCUCUUACCACAUGAGUAAAAUCAUGGUGGGAUGCUUUAGCUGUGUAAUUGAGGUAUGAGGGCUUCGACCUUUGAGCAAAAUGGCUCUUCUUUCCCUGGUAAAGCAAUCAGUUGGGCUUCUAGUUUGAGUUUGCAGGAUUAGACGGUUGGGUUUCAUAAUUCAUCCUUUUUCCCUGGAGAAUACAAUGGUGGGGGUUUAGAUCGUCCUCUUGGAGUCCCUUUGGAAUCAAUUUAAUAGUUGAAAGACGGACUUUCUCCGGGAUACUCUGUCAUCUAUCUCUGUUGACAUGGAUUUCCUUGGUGGAACUUUGGGCAAAAAAGGAUUCCUUUCAGAGAUUGAGUAAUCCACAACUGAGUUAUCAUCCUCUUCGCUUACUGAUUCCGAAAUUUCUCUCUGACUUGCAUUUGACCUUUCUUUUUCCGCCACUCUAUAUGCAAACAUUUGGAACGGGUUCUGUGACAAUGGAAAGACAUUAUUAUUACCCCAAGACGGGAAUUUCUUGAGAAGCCCGGCUUCUGUUUCACAGUAAUCCACUAUUGGUGUUGGCGAAUCCGGAUUGUUGUGAUCAGGGUUCAACAGUAAAAACCGCUUGAUGUAGCGAAGAAUCCUGCAUAUUGACGAAAAGCUUGGCCUUUGAUUAGGAUCAGCGUGCCAACAUCUUCGUGUCAAGUUUGUGAGAUAUUUCGGGGUAUGGAAAGGGAAAAGCGGCCUCUCUCCUGCUCUAAUGUUUCGGCUCAUUUUAUCCCCUUGAAGAUGGUUGUCCUCGAAAGGUACUUUUCCCGUUAAAGGCUGAAAACAAAUCAUCCCGAAACUUUAGACAUCGGAUUUCUCCGUGAAUUUGCAUUUCCAGUUGUUUCCCAAUUGUUCUUGUUCAGCUAAUAUCUCGGGAGCAUACCAGAUGAACGACUGUGUUUCAUUCUGAUUUGUUUGCGUUAUUGAUAUCAGACUGAUUGAAGAUGAUACCCCAAAUCCUGAAACUUUUGCAUGUAAGUAUCCAUCCGUGGAUGCAUUUCUUGUUUUUACAAGAAUGUUCAAAGGGUUUAACUGACCAUGAUAGAUCCCUUCGGAAUGGAGAUACUCCAUUCCUCGUGCGAUUUGAAUCAUAAGAUCAACCGCUGCCGAAGGAGAAAAUGGGAAUCGUUUUUGGUUGGCGUAAAUCUCUUUGAUAUAGCUCAAAAGAUCGCGGUUCAUGAGUUCCAUAACGAGAAAAAACUUUCUUUUCAUCAUCGAUGAAUCCACAAAAGAAAUGCAUUACGUUAGGAUGCGAAAGAGAGAAUCCUCGAGAAAUUUCGGGGUUUAUUUCUUCUAUAUCUCCAUGGAACUGCCGCAGAAGAAAGCUCGCACCUCGCCAUUGAAUCUCCUUGUAUUCCCGACCACUCCCUAAUCUCCGUCUAGUAUGGUAAUCUUUUGAAUUCAAUAGAAUCGAGCACGGCAGCAGCUUUAGCUUUCGAUCCAACGGCCCAGAUUCGCUGAAAUUUGUCGAAAUUAUAUCAAUAAGUUGCUGACCAAGCUUUGUGCUUGAGUUUUUUCUCUUAAUCAUCUGACUAAGAAGAACCCAUCUAUCUUCUUCCCAAACGGAAUCGAUCUGUUUGCAUAAAUCUUGCGAAACCAGGUACUCUUUCUCGAAUCUCCACUGAAAUACCUUCGGAUCUUGACAAUCUUUUCGAUAUUUCAUCGCAUAAACUAACCGUCUCUUUUGCAUCUCGUCUGGGUCCCACCCGGAUAAUUCUCCGGCCAUCUCAAUCGCUUCGAUGACAACAGGAACGCAUGAAAGAAGAUUAUGGAUGUGAAACUCGACACAAUCUUUGUUCUGGUAAAACGUAAUCACAUGUACCCAUCUGUCUUUCGGUUCUAAUGAUUGCCGGAUAUAUAUCUCGAUUUCAUUAAAGAUCCUAUGGAGCUCCUUUAGUGGCUGCUCGAUUACCUUCCAUUUUGUUUGCUUCUCUUUGAAUAUCAGAUUUCACUUCAUCUCUUUGGCUACUGAUUCGUAUGCAAGACCGAGCAUAUCGAGCAGUAAACAACAAUGGCGGCGGUUUAUCUGGAUUUCAUCCCGGAAAACCAUCAACGCCUUCAGACUUCUGGCAACUUCUCCGAUCUGCCUGAAUUGCUCCAUAAUUUCCAGCCGGAAAUACAAGGGAAAUGUCGCCGGAAUCAGGUAAAGAUGCUAGCUUUUGUCCCUUUCUAAGAGCAAUUCGAGAUCUGAGAUUAAUGUUUCUGGGAUUACUUCAUAUCUUCUUUUUUUUGUAUGAGGCAAAAAUAUCUUCCAUGACAAAAAUCCAGAUGCAAAUCAUCAAGAUUUGGUCAAAUUUGAUGAAGAUUUGUUGGUCAACAUCAAAGAUUUUCUGAAUUUUUUUGAAUGAAUUAUUCUUUUUUUUUUUGCCCGUUUCUUGCCGAAAACCAGAAGAAUGAAUUUAUCCCCAUCUCCAUGGACUUUGAUACCUAGCAUUUGGCAGCUUCAAUGGCCGUUAAUGGCGAUUUCAUUGUGUUUUAUACAUUUUCCCGCCAAUUUGGUUAGUUUUUUAGUUUUGAUAAAUUACUAGAAGCACCCUUCUGGUUAUCAAGAUUUUACACUUCAGUCCCUGAAGAUAGACUAACAAUCCUACAUGGUUUCGUAUAGGUAGACGGUUCGAGUAAAAUUCACUAGAGUUGAUAUUGGACAUGGAUACGUUAGCCUUUGAUUGGGUUUGAUCUUGAUUUGAGAAGUCGGAGUGAAGAGGAAGCAACCAAGAAUACGAUCUUCCAUUCAUCUUAUCUUUGGACUCUGAUUCUAACUCUUAUGUUGUGUAAAUCAGUUGGGGUGAAAUCUUUCGUGGCUAGGAAACAAGAUUAAGAGUUUUUGAGCGUAAGAAGCUUGUAUCAGGCUCAUGGAAGAACAAUAUGUCUAGAACUUACACAAAGAGAUGAGGGUUCAACCUUAUUGUGUGAGUUACAAUUCAUUUGAAGAUUGAGCUUCUUGUGGUUACUGAGCUUUAAUGCCAACUAUUUAGCGAGUCACUGUGUACCUGAUUUUCCAAUAGAGCUGUGUAAGUUGGUUUGAGGGUUGCUGGUUACAAAUACUUUUUGCACAAACUUGAGUAUGAGUUGAGCUUAUGUCUCGUUUCAAAUC